AUGUCAAUCGCCAAUCUCUCGUUUUUUCAAUUUUUCGUGCUUCUUCUCCUUCUUCAUCAUCAUCCGACUGUUCAUUCGCAAUUUCAGGUAAUUUGUAGUCUUUUCAUGAAUCUAUUAUUCUCUCCAAAUUUAUUUAAGAACCCAGUUUUUGUUUCAACUUGAAUGUUAAUUCAUUUAUUGAACUUUUUUAGGUUCCAACAAAAAAGGACAUGUGAUAGACACAUUGAACUUUGAGAAAUCCAAAAAAUCUUCAUCUUUUUAUAAUAACUUAGGAAACUCAUAAAAACCAAAAAUUUGGAACCAAUAUUGUCUUUUUCCAAAAGUUAAGUUAAGUUUUUGAAAAUUCACGUCAAAAAUCUAAGAUAUUUAGAAGGUUUUAAUUUCUAAAACUUUACGUGACUCAACUCACUGAUAUCUUUUGAAAUUAAUUUCUUACUAUAAAAUUAUCAUCAACUCAAUUUGAGAAAUAACUUCCGUAAGUGAUUCCAAAAAGGCUACACAUUUUUUGAAUGAUAAAAAUCUACGUGACAAAAUCCAAUUAAAAUGUCGUCUUUACAUCUUCAUUUUUCAAAUACUUAUUUACUUUUCCAGGAAAAAAAUAAAACCUUGAAAACAUGUUUAAAUGACCCUCUUCUUCUUUUUACCACUUCUGACGUCACAAGAACCAAUUACAGUAAUCCAAAGACGUACAAAAUUUUGAACUUUGUAUCCAACUAAAUACGUUUUUUUUUCUAGAAAACUAUCAUUUUUCUAAAAAUAACUGAUUAACAAAAUAGAAAAAAAAAUUAAAUUUCUGUUCGAGAUCGUUGAUGUUUUAUAGAAUUAUCUAGAAAAGAAAAAUAUAUGUUUUCAGAAUGAUUUUAUUGUAGAUCAAUGCAAUUCGCUGAACUAUCAACAUAUGACCUAUUCAGUUUUUGACUUGAUAUCUUCUUUCUUUUUUUCUUCAAUUUCUUACAAAUUGAUAACGAAUUAAAAAAAUAAUUGAUUUUCAAAAAUACGUUUUGAAACUGAUUGACAACAAAAAUACAUGUGAGAUGAGAUUGUGUAACAAAAUGAAUGAAGAAAAUCAAUGUUUUAAUUUGAUAGAUGGAUUUCUUCAUUCAUUCAUUCAUUCAUAUUAUUGUUUGUCAAUUCGACCAAUGGUCAAUUCUAAUUAGUUGAAAGAAAAUUGAAAAAUGAGAAAGGAAAUAAAUUAUUUUGCAAAAAAACUGAACUUCCUUAGAACCGUUUUGCUGUUCAAAAACCAGUUGAUCAAGGAUAAUUUUGAAUAGAACUUUCCAGACCAUCAAAACGUUUUGACUAGUUUUUUGACAUGGUUAAGAUUUUAAUAUUUGCAGGUAGUUUAUCGUGAAAAUUCGGCUGAUAAUAUUUACAACAGUUCACAACCUGUUCGAUUUUGGGAAUUAGUUGAAUAUCGACCAACAACAACAACUCAACCGUAUGUUUUUUGUAUUUAUCAAUUGAAUAUUUUCGUAGUUUUUUAGACCACCUCCACCUCCUCCAACAACUACAACAACUACAACUACAACUACAGUUGAUCCUUGUGAAUCAUCUUUACCACAAGAAUUAACACGAAGACUUCGAGAUGCAACUGGAUAUAAUCGAAUUUAUAUGGCAUCAGAUUUUGCUUCGGCAAGUCAUACUUUUCCGGAUUUACGUGGAUUAGCCAAAAAACCACAAACGGAAUAUAAAUGUGGAAAACAUUGUCAGAGAUCGAGUCAAAUGAUUCGGAAAAUAAUAAAAACUGGAAAAGCAUCGGAAGCUGAAAGAUCUUGGUGGGAUGAAGGAGAAUGGGAAGAAAAUGAUCAACAAAGAAGAUCAAGAAGAAAUAAAAGAGAACAAAUGUGGAGAGAUACUUCGCCUGAUUUACUCAUGAAAAAUACUGGAAUUUCAAAUUCAAUUUUAGGAAUGACAGUUGCAGUUGAAUGCGAUGAAGAUACGGGCGAAUUCAAUUCUGGUGGUUAUUCACUUUGCACAACUUGUCGAGCUGUCAGACAUUUGCCUGGUAAUUAUUUUCCAAGAGUUAUAAAUGAACUAAUCUGUUCACAAAAUAAAUGUUUGCAUGGAGAAGGAAAAUGUAUACAAAGAGUUAUGCCAAUGAAGGUAAUUUCAACGAAUUCUAUGAACGACAAAAUAAAUCCAAAAACUUUUGCAGAUUCUUCGAAAUAUUGGAACAAAGAAUUGUGCAAAAUGGCAAAUAUCUUCAAUUGAUGUUCGAACUUGUUGUGAUUGUAUUUUAAGUCCAGCAUCUCCUUUAGUUGCAUAUCUUUGA